AUGGCAAUCAAAUCCAGGGAAGAUUACAGGAAGCAGAAGGAACUGGAAGAAGCCCGCAAAGCUGGGCUCGUCCAUCCCGAGGUUGACGAAGACGGGAACGAGAUCAAUCCUCACAUCCCUCACUACAUGGCUUCCGCGCCAUGGUAUCUGAACCCCGAGAAGAAACUACCAGGUCUGAAGCACCAAAGGAAACGGAAGAAUCCGUCCGAUGCUCCUCCGAUUCACAAUACCGAAUCAGCGUGGUAUGAUCGAGGUGCGAAAGUAUUUCAGGCAGAGAAAUACAGGAAAGGCGCGUGCGAGAACUGUGGAGCCAUGUCGCACGACGCCAAAGCCUGCGUAGAGAGACCUAGGAAAUCAGGGGCCAAGUGGACUAACAAGCACAUUGCCUCCGAUGAGACUAUUGAGCAUAAUUACGCCAGCAAGCGUGACCGUUGGAACGGGUAUGAUACAGCGAGGUACGAUCGUGAUGUUGUUGCGCGUGACUUGAGAGUUGAUGAGUCCGAGCAGAUGGACUGCUUUGGUAAAGUUGAGAAGAGGGUGAGGAGUGGUGGUGGUGGUAGUACAGGAACUGUUAGGAACCUGCGAAUUCGGGAAGAUAAAGCCAAGUAUCUAUUGAAUCUCGGUGCCGAAUCUGCACAUUAUGAUCCGAAAACCCGUUCGAUGCGUGGGGAUCCGCUUCCAGAUGCGGAUCCGAAUGACAAGUUCUAUUGGGGGGACAACAGGUACAGAGACAGUGGUGAAGCUGGGGAGUUGAAGCAGCUCGAAAGUCGUUUGUCGAGGGGGGAGGAAGGGCACUUGCUGCAAGCUGCUCCUACCCAAGCAGAGUUGUUGUACAGGAACUUUCAGGUGAAGAGAAAGGAACUGGAGGCUCGAGCCAAGGACGAUUUGCUCGAGAAGUACGGGAAUGCUGCUGCGAAUAGCCGAGAUGGGAUCCCGAGAGAAGUUUUGCUGGGGCAGAGUGAAAGGCAAGACGAGUACGAUCGUGCUGGGAGAGUUGUUCGCGAGGGAUGCGCGGAUGUGCAGCUUCCCAGAAGUAAACAGACCAUUCGAAACAGUUAUUGCACUGGCACCGCCGGUAUCAAGGCUGCUGAAACUUAA